GCCCACCAGGGCUACCGCUCGGGACAAGGCCAAACGGCACCUAGAGCUAAUGGAACGGUCGCUGCCCAGGCUAGCCCGAAAGCGGCAGAAAAUGACCGAACCAGCCCAGGGACGAGAGGUCCGGAGCUACGAGGUCCGAAAUGGGAAUGCGGGUCCGCGGCCCCAGUACAAAUUGGGGGACGUGGUGCAAGUGAGGAAAUGUGCUCGCCAGGCAUCCCCACCCAGUCUGCGCGGGCCCACCCUCUCCUACCGUGUUAAGGAGAACAGUGCGCCGCUAUUGAGUCAGGAGAAGUGGGACGCGUGGUGGGAGAACUAUAUCGAGCUCGCUUUCUGCCUACAGGAGAUAAAGUUCCGCAGGUCAGAGGCGGCCCCAUUCGGAGAAGUGUCGGAGCACCCAAAAGACAGUGUAGAGUUUCUGAUCAUCCAAGCCUGGAGGACAGCGGAGCAGGGCAACCUGCUGGGAUUCCUGUUCGGGAAGGUGGAGGAGGGCAAUCUCACCUUGAUCACGGACGAGUUGCUGGUGUUUUUGGCUCAGCUGGCGGACGAUUUGCCGCGGGAUAUCUUGUCACACAUUGACAAGCAGUCUGGCACCCACGUGUUGUCUCGAACGCUCGAGCCGCACCUUGUGUGGUCCAUGUGCACAGAAAUCGACGAGAACAAUUGUCUCUAUCCCUCCCAGGCGCUGUACUUGGAAAUCGACGUUACCGAUCUUACAUUUUGGGACCCGAUGGCGAGACAAAACAUCGCGCAGGACAAGGAGAUAAGGGGAGCAGACGAAGAAGAGGAAGAAGAAGAGCCAUUAAGUGAGGAACGCGACGAUCCGGACUACGUACCGGAAAGAGAGGCAGGGAUAGCCGACGAAUCAAAUCAGCCGCAGGUAAAGGACGAAGGGGUGGAAUCAAAAGAAGAAGAAGGAAGUGGGCUAUCAGGAUCGGAGUGCGAAGGAUUCGAGGCUGAAGUGCGCGACGCGGCGCGAGAACGAGCACGAGGACGAAGGAAACGGAAGCGCCAGGAGGGAAAACGACCCGCAACAGACGUAUCCUCUGUCGAUCCGUCGAUCGGGGACCUAUGGCGUGAUCCAGAGCCUCCAGAGGAGGAGGACGAUGGAACCACAGCGGAGGGAUCACGUGGCAAAAGAAGAAGAAGAAGUGAAUCGCCAGCUCCCUCCGGUUCCCCGUCCCGAUCCUCCCUUCGUCUACAUCAAGAUCUCGGCGUUCGGGCUUCGUCCCCGGUCGUUCUCUCGCCGACCCCGUGACUACCUCAUGCUCACCCGCCUUCCCCAUAG